AAAAGACGAUGACGGCUGCUGUGGGCUGUGAGCCCAAGACAUUUCGUGUUUCGACGCGUAACGCGACAGUACCCCCUGGCUACAAAGCGCCUCCGCCUCAGAAAACAGCCAUCGGAAACGGCUAACGCCAGCGGUCUAUGAGUGAUUCUUCGGCGUGGAGAAGAAUGGGUUUCAAGCACGCCAUGCUGCAGCGCAGUUAUGACCUCUCGCCCUCGCCGGCGCGUACAUCACCCACCAAUGGAAUCCAGCACUUGGGUGCUGCCAACCAGUUGCCACCGGCUCAAGUCACUGACUUUAGCAUUAGUAAGAUUCUGGGCAAGGAGCGUAAAACCGCUCAGGAUACGACCACGAAUAUCCUGGAUCUCUCCAAGAGCAGUGGCAAUAGUAUUAGGAGCCCGCAGCCUGUUGCAGUACUGCCAGUACCAUCAUCUCACUAUGGCACUGCCUACUCCAUGUUGCCGCCAGACUUGGUGGCCAUGGCCAAUGCCACCAAGUUCUAUGCCCAGUUCUUUCCGCACUUAUUGCCCGCCUACGCGGCUGCUGCAGCAGCAGCCGGCUUGAGUACUCCACCCACAUCGCCCUACCAAACGCAUCAGCAUCAGCAGCAGUUGCAGCAGCAGCAGCAGCAGCAUUUGCCAAAUCCGCAGAAACGCUUCUUUGCACCCUAUGUGAUCAAUGGCUCGGUGCCGCCACCACCAGCACCACCACCACUGCAGCAACCUCUCCUCCGCACCAAGAGCACCGCAUGCACUCGCCCGGAUUGCCCCGAGUGCCUGGACUACUACCAAAGAUUGCAGACUGGGGGUGGCUACAAGCAGACCACACCUCUCAUUUCACCCGCCGCCUCCUCGGUGGGCAGCUCCAGCGGCUCAGUGCGUCCGGUGAGGGAUCUGAUCAUGAGCGCCGCUGGAGGAGCCGCCGGCACAAACAUCUCGCUGACCACCGUGACCAAUCUGAGCCUGAGUUCGGUCCAGGCAACGGCCGUCGGAAUGAUGCCCAAGAUGGCCGGAGGACUGAUCUCCACAGCCGUCGGCAGCGCCAGCAGACCAAUCGGGGGUAUCGGUGGUAUCGGUGGAUACAACGCCACAUCCGCCGAGGAAAUCAGCUACAAGUGCAGGAUUUGCGAGAAGGUGUUCGGAUGCUCCGAAACUCUGCAGGCUCAUGAAAAGACUCACAAAUCGCCGCGCUACGAGUGUGCGGAUUGUGGAAAGGGUUUCUCCCAGCUGCGAAACUACAAGUAUCACCUGUCCGUUCACCGUGGAACCAAGGAGUUUGCGGCCGAGUGUCCCGAAUGUGGCAAGACAUUCAACGACAAGGGCUACUUGAGCAGUCACCUGAAGAUACACCGCAACCGGAAGGAGUACGAGUGUCCCUACUGUCCCAAAUCGUUCAAUCAGCGUGUGGCCUUCAAUAUGCAUGUGCGUAUCCAUACGGGUGUGAAACCCCACAAAUGCAACGAGUGCGGAAAGAGAUUUUCGCGUAAAAUGCUGCUCAAACAGCACAUGCGAACGCACAGUGGUGAGAAACCGUAUCAGUGCUCCGUGUGUGGCAAGUCCUUUGCGGAUCGCAGCAACAUGACCCUGCACCAUCGCCUCCACUCGGGAAUCAAGCCCUUCAGCUGCCCCCUGUGCCCCAAAGCCUUCACCAAAAAGCAUCACCUGAAGACGCACCUCAAUUACCAUACCGGCUGCAAGCCGUAUGUCUGCCCACAUCCCAACUGCAACCAGGCAUUCACCCAGUCGAGCAAUAUGCGCACCCACGCCAAGAAGUGCCAGUACCGUCCACUGGAUGGACUCACCGUCACAGCAUCCGCACUCCCAGUGCCAGGAAAACAGCAGCAAAUUGCACCACCACCCACUUUGGCAAUGGCCAUGGCUCAAACUUUUCAAAUGCCGCCACCACCUGGAGCUCUGGUAGCUGGAUCUGGUCCUCAAUCCCAACCGCCGACCCAGCAAACCCUGCUCAGCAAUCUCAGGACAUUCUAAGCCGAUGGAAUCGUAGUGUCCUGGCCAGUAUCAACCAAAUUUUGUGGCAAUUACAAAGAUCAGUACUUCCACUGUUGUUAUUCAUUUUACACUUAUUUUCAAGCAACGAUUUUGCUAAAGUUAAAUUAGGACUAGACUUAAA